AUGAAGUUUUUAAUAAGUUUCCUACUGAUGAUCAAUGUUUCACAUGCGGGAACCCACAUCAAAAGCUGCAAAGACAUCUUGCAUGGUUUUCUAUCUGGUCAACUUUCGUCUGCUCUGGGAGAUCAUCAGAUUAAGGAUCUGAAGAGAGAAUUCAAAAGCUUCACAGAAACCAUGAGGCAAUCUAUGAAAGAAUUCAAGGAAAAAACGAUAUCUGAUUUAAAAAUACGAGGCAGAACAAACAAGAGCGUCGUCUACACCAGAUGGGGAAAGAAGACAUGUCCUUCCAAUGCCGAACUGGUUCUUUCUGGAUUUACAGGUGGGUCUGCUGCUGGUCAUUCGGGAGCAGCUGUUGAGGCUCUUUGCUUACCACGAAAUCCGGAAUGGGGCAGUUACUGGGAUGGAGUUCAAGGGAAUAAAGCUUAUGUAUAUGGAGCAGAAUACCAAACAGACGAUUUCCAGGGUAAUAUGCGCAAGGUUCAUGAUCAUGAUGUGCCGUGUGCUGUCUGCCUGGUUCAUGAUAGAUCCGUUCUAAGAGUAUUCCCAGCUAGGAAAACCUGUUACAAAGGUUGGGAAUUAGAAUAUAGUGGCUCUCUCAUGGCGGGAUUUCAUGGUCAUCCCGCUGCAACAACUUACAAGUGUGUGGAUAGGAACCCUGAUACCAUAACUGGAGGUCACUCUAAUCACAAUGGCUACCUGUUCUAUCCUGUGGAGGCAAGAUGUGGUUCAUUGAAAUGUCCACCAUACGUAGACGGACGGGAACUCGUAUGUGUUGUUUGCUCCAAGUCAUGAAGAUUGUAUUUAAGAUGUUGAAUAGUAUAAAAUAUACUUAUUAAAGCAAAUAGAAUUUGUUUAACCUUAAA